ACUCAAACUCAAUUUUGUAAAUGUUCGAAAAAUUAUAAAAAAACCUUUGAAAUGUUCAAACUAGAUAAUCUUAUUUGGUGCCUUUGCGCUGUGGCUUUUAUUUUCCCUCGAGCAUUAUGUGAUGCAAACAAAGUGGUGUUCCAAUUCCCAGAAUAUGACUACAAGGAAACGAGUAAGAAUGAGCUAGCAUUUCGGGAAUUUGAAUCAGCUUGCGACCAGAGUGCUCGUUGUUCGGUUUUCGAAGGCAUCGAGAAGACACGAUGCGUGCGGGAAUGUGUUUCUCCUUCGUGCUAUCAGGAGAUAUACAAAUUCGAUGAGCUAGAAGAAGGGGAAAUAGAUGUACGACUCAAUUCAUUUAGGGCGUGCUUCAUGCAGCGUUUGAGUAGAAAUCGUGGUUAAUUGAUUAAAUACUUUUCUACUGAAAUAUUGAAAUAAACUAAUUGAACUCACAAACA